GCUUCAGGAUUAAUUAAUGGAUGUCGAUGAUUGCUAGCAAGUGAAAAUUUUUGUGAAAAGUUUUGACAAAGGCAAGAAUGUGGGAGCGUCUCGAAAGAUGAAAGAGGAACAAUGUCGGGUCUCAAAACGCCUGCGGGCUACUCUCGUACUGGCAACGGAGCCAAACCAAAGAGUAGGAUUUGCCGAUUGACAUCUUCGCGAUCGUUGAUACCAUCCCUGGCUGGAAACAUCUCGGAAAGAUCUCUGGAAGUGAUCGAUUCCUCGUCAUCAAGUCCCAGCAAAUCAUCCACAUCUCCGCGAAGAGUUUCCAACGAUCGCAAGUCGCCUAGGAGACAUUCUGAAGAACGUCAACAGACAUAUCACAGUCCGAAGCGUUCACCGAGGAGGUUCUUGCCAUCUUUUGAUGACGAUUCGUAUCAAGACCAGAUGGGGCUGGGACUCAGGGUGUCGUCGACUACGUCGACUUGCGUCGACGAAGGACCUGGUAUGUCUUUCCUGGAGUUCGAGACUUUGUACACCCUGGAAAAAGAGAUGCUGAUGCAAUCGCGAUGUGGUCAAGAUACGUCGCUUCAGCUGGGCGACAAGUGCACUACGGCAGGGUGGUUUGGGGACAAAAGGGGUGUCUAUACAGAGUUACCAGAUCCUUUACUAUGUCAUCGUAUGUGUAUGUGUGGUGCAGUCCCACCUGUCUCGCAGGCGCCAUCGGAGGGAUUCAGCUUCGCACCCGGAUGGUCCUUAAAUACGGAUCAUUUCUAUCAGUGGCAACAUCGUGGAAAAACCACGCAGCAGAUCUACACAGAUUGGGCAAAUUAUUAUCUGGAACGAGGGGGUUGCAAGAAACGGGUGACCGAUCUCCAAGCUGAUUUCUGCGACGGUGUCCUUUUAGCCGAUCUGGUAGAGGCUGUCACUAAUCAGAAGGUGAUCGACGUAAAUCGAAAACCGAAAAGCGCUCAACAAAUGGUCGAAAACGUAAGUUUGUGCGUAGGAGCAUUGCGGGCUCUGGGAGCGGAUGUAGGUGCUGUGAACCCGGGUGAAUUGGCGGCAGGAUCAACCCUGUGGCCAGUACUGGCUUUGCUCUUCGCCCUGUCACGUUACAAGCAGCGAGCCAAGCAACUACAGGAUAUGCCCAGGCUGCCGUCGCCCUAUAACAAGCAGUCGUCAGGAGUUGGCGUCGCAGGGGGUGGCCCUGGGGGUGGUACAAGUAUACCCCUGCCCGCGACCGUCGCCGCCACCAGGAGAUGCCCUCCGGACAAAGUCAGACCGGCUCCGGCACCGACGCAUCAAUCACAACUCGGAGGUUUAAAACACGGGAACGGCGGUGUGGGUAGCGCGAGCAGUUCUAGAAGCACCAGUCCGAGUCAACAACAACCGUCUCAGGGCGGUCUUUCGUUCAUUCCGCAACCUAGGAGUCAGAAUACAAAUCGACAACCCACAGCUACUACGCCAAGCCCUCGAGCAUCCACAGUAGGCCGACCCAACGGAGGUCUGAGGCCUCAGCAACAGGCCUUACCGUAUUCUGGAAAUACUGUCCCGGCACCUCAGCCAAACAAGAAUUCUGUAUUGGACAAAUUUAAACUUUUCAAUAAUAAAGAUAAAAAUCAAGAGCGAGGAAAGACUUCGUCGGGAGUCUCAAAACGCACUUCCAGUUCUUCCGGAUUUUCUUCAGCUCGAUCUGAACACUCAGACAGUUCAACUUCCUUGUGCGAUCAGAGCAAAGUCCAAGCUCAGGAAUCGCCAAAGAGUCGCGCGUUGAAAUCAAAACUGCAAUCGACCAAACCGGCGAAGCAGGCCAGUCCGAAAACAAGCAGGAAAGAGCAGAGCAAGGCCCAGAGUAAGAUUGCACGUACAAGCAAGGCCCCGCCGAGCUCUUUGGAGAAGUUGACGGCGUCUUAUAAUAAUCCAAUCGUGGAUCAAGAUGUUAAAAUUGUUGGUAAAACUAUCGGCACCAAAUUACCCAGUGACAAAAAAACGCCGACUCUUCAGGAACUUCAGAUGAAGCAACCGGUAGUACAGCCUCCGAAACCGAAUCCUUCCGCCCUAACGUCGUCUAAACAAAUCAAUCUUCUAGAUACUAAAAACGUGAACUUGAGGAACGAGCUCCCGACGACGAAACUUUCGCCCAGGCCCAAGAUGGAGCUUCCGGCCAAGAUACCGGAUCCAAGAAUUUAUUUGCAAAGUAUGAAGCCACCGCCAAAUGGUCUGAACAAGGACUUUAUGAUGCAGAAAGCUAUUCUCGCAAAUACCAAUGGUAUUAUCAAAAUGUCCGAACCGGGAGAGACGCUUGUCCACGAGAACGAUACUUUUAAUCGCACUCUAAGCAUGAACCAAGCGAAUCUAUCAGACGGCAAGGAUCUUGUGACAAAGCAGAAAGAGCCAGAAGUUUUAGAAGCUAAUCACGAACAGCAAUCAGGGAUGGAAAGCUUUGAUUCACCAUCGAAAACUCGAGUGUCAAACCAGGAGAAGGUUAUUUUUGAGCAAGAAGAAUCUAUCGAUGUUUCCAACGAUAAACAAGAUUCUGUAACGACUAAUCGCGUGGACUCAGUAGCUGCCGAAAAGCUAACUAAUAACGAAGACGAAUUGACGAGCAUACCCAUGCAAAGCAAUUUGAACUUUGGGCCCAGUAAACCGUUAGCAGGUUCGAACAGUCCUCUUCACGGUCCGAACCCGGCCGGGCUCAGUCCGGGUUCCAGUAUCCCGAAACCUACUGCUCUUGUAAAAGGUACAUCGAAACCAUCGAAAGAGAACAGCACAAUCAGCGGAGUGCCGACGCCAACCAAACCAAAGAGCGGCGAUACUCUUCAUCGCAAACUCGAUCCCAACACAGUAGCAAUGGUGUCGCCAAUGCCGAGUAUUUCGGACCUUAUGUCCGAAAGCUCGCACAGCAAUUCUAACAGCACCGGGCAGAGCAACUCGAGCGACAGUAGUGUGAUUUAUAGGCCAAGUAGCGAGAGCGGCAGCGAGAUUAAGACGAUCCCUAACCGGAAGAUCGACACCACGUUUGAACAGUUGGAAAAGGUACUGUCGGAAAGUUCAACGUGCGGUGGUGCUCUGGCAGACGAUGAGGCCGAGAUGACUGUGAAGCCCAUGCAACCUCUUCUCCGUGGAUACACGCCCGGGGCCCGGGGUUUACAGACCCUACCGAGCCGCACCACGACCCGACAAUAUACCGUCCUGCAUUCAUCAUCGCAUCAUCAUGUUGGUCAUCACGAUUACGCCGAUGUAGACGUCGCUUCCGGUUACCUGAGCGACGGCGAGGUGCUGCGCGGAGGCGGCAUGAGCGUUGGCAGCAGAACCCUUUCGGAUCUAUGCGACGGAUACAUGUCUGAAGGCGGCGCGUCCCUAUACGCCCGAAGGAUCAAUCCUUCCUAUGGUCACGAGCACGACAGGUACGUGGGUGGUUCGCGGCGAGAGCUGUCGGGGGUGAAGGAACUGGUGACCUCGAGGCGGGUGCAGAAGAAUCGGCCGUCGGGGAUCGCGAGGUCGGAUGGCGGCUGCAUCGGGGGCAUCAGUCCGGGAAGCGGCGGUUGCAGCGGCGGGAACGACGCCUUGGCGGAGCUCACAAUCGAGGAGCUGGCUUCCAUUCCCGCCGGAAAUCACACCUCCGCCAAUCACACGGGACAUCCCUCUCAUCACAAGAGAGUGCCAGGCGGAGGGGGUGUGAUUGUGGGGGGUGGCGGAGGAUCGGCCACCCCCCAAGGGGCGCAGCAAGGUAACAGUCAUAAUCUGGUGUACCGCGUGGUCGGCUCGCGUGGGCAUCCCGCUGGUCACCAUCCGCACGUGAAGAAGUCCGACAGCUCUCAGCAGACCGAGAGCUCGGCCUUCAAACAUCAGCAACAACAGCAACAACAACAGCAGCAGCAACAGCAGCAGCAGCAGCAGCAGCAGCAGCAGAGCUCAAACGGCUCUGGCAGCAGUAUCAGUUCCAACAGCCAGCAAUGGAAGAAGUAUAUCGAAGCGGGCGCCGCAAGAGAGAGAGACAAGGAGGGCGCGCCACCCAGCCCUAGUCCCUCCAGAAGAUCGCAGGAUAAACAUCGGAAACAGACCAUGGCCGAAUAUGCGAAUGGCGAGAAACCACAAAAAGUUUCGUCAGGCACGUCAACUAGCAACAGUAGCAAAGUUCGCGGGGUACCGCAAAGCUUUGGCUAUGUUAAGAGGCACAGUGCAGGCACCAGUUCGAGUCCCAAUGGUGUCCAAAAUGGCAGCAAGGACGCCACUAGAACGGCCCAAGUUAGUGCUGUGCCGAGGACCAAGGUCAAGGUAUCCGGUGGUACACAAACGUGCACUACGGAAUUGCAAGCGAAUUCCUCGGGAUCAAAUCAGGGUCAUCACUAUAAGAGUUACAGUCUCACCGGUCCCAGUGCUAGUCAACUCUCGCAGUCAGUCCGAGAUCGUCUUAUGCUGGGCUCACAAAGCCUGCCGAAACCCGGUAGUCCAGAAUUCACCGCUCUUUUUGCGUCGGCCCAUCAUCGCGAAAGAGGAGCUGGCGUUGGACCAGCAAACACGUCAUUUUCGCCCCGGGUAUUGAAACCAUCUGACGGCAGUCUCAGCGACACAUGUAGUAAUUACGCAGCACCUGAUCUUCAGGGCUACUAUGGCACACCCAACAGCCCCUAUACCACUUCAUGGAUGAGACACAGCAACACCUAUACGCCCAGUGGACGGUCUCAAGGAAUGGGUUUGUGCGAGGCGGAUAGCGUAGAAUCAUUAGGCUCGCAUCGCGCGAGCUUGACACAUGCCCGUCUCCUAAUGCACCAGAGGGAUUCUACGGGAUCUCCGGCGCCGCCCAGGCUAAACAGGAGCAACUCUAUCAGGUCCACUAAGAGCGAGAAAAUGUACCCGUCGAUGUUGGCACGUGGAAGCGGUGCUUCAUCGUCGGUGGGAGAGGAGGUUGGGAUGGGCAUGGGGGUCGGAGUCGAGCCGUAUUACAGCGUUCCCGUGGGAUCGGCGGGAUGCACCGGCCAGCAUUGGUCCCAGCCGACGUCGCCGACACCCACGCACACCUCACGGCAGCCGCCAAACUUGUACCAGCACGUACACAAGGACGACGACAGUGAGUGCUAA